AUCAUAUAUUAUAACCAUUGGGCAUAUCAAGCCUUAUCUUUAAACUUAAGGGUGUGAAAUCUCAUAAUUUGGAUUGGCUUGCUUUUAACUUUAACGUGUACCAUGCUCCUACGCAUAUCCAAUUGGCACAUCCAAUUGAAUGAUCCCGAACAAAUGUCAUGUACUCGAAUAAUAAACUCGGAUUUCAAAUACAUCUCUUGUAGAAGAAAGUAACACCAACACCGUAUGAUGGUUGUGAUUCAAGUUCAGCUUCGACCACACCCAUCCAGCUUCAACCUCAAUGGCAAUGGCUUUUCUCUACACCCUUCUGUUUACAAUAAUAUCCAGAAAUCAAAGAAGCUGUCUCUGCAACUAAGAGCGGCCUCUUCAAGAACACAGAGGAUAAUGGAGAGCAUUUCAGUAGGUGGGGAAGUUGGUGGAGCUGGUGGGGCAUACUCGUAUGAUGCUUUGAAGAGAUUGGAUAAUUUGUGGUCUACUAUCUGCUCUGCUGAAACAGCAGCUAUUCAAGAACCCAAAAAAAUUGUGACAAACACCCUUGGUUUGUUUGAUAAUGACACGAAGGAAGUGGAUAAAUUUGAUGUGUUGGUUUGUGGAGGUACUUUAGGGAUCUUCAUUGCCACUGCAUUAAGUCUGAAAGGCCUCCGUGUAGGAGUUGUGGAAAGGAACUUACUAAAAGGGAGGGAACAAGAGUGGAAUAUAUCAAAGAAAGAGCUCCUGGAACUUGUUGAAGUUGGCAUCUUAACAGAAGAUGACAUUGAAGAGGCCACAACUUCAGUUUUUAAUCCCAACAGAUGUGGAUUUGAGAGGAAGGGGGAGAUAUGGGUUGAAAACAUUCUUAAUCUUGGUGUUUCGCCUUUAAAACUUAUAGAUAUUAUGAGGAAGCGAUUUGAUUCACUUGGUGGAGUAGUCUUAGAGGGCUGCAGUGUGUCCAGCAUAAAUGUUUAUCAAGAUACAGCAGUAUUGGAACUAACAGAGGGAAAGAUUUUGUCAGCUAGUCUCAUAAUUGAUGCAAUGGGAAAUUUUUCACCUGUGCUAAAACAGAUCAGAGGUGGCAGGAAGCCGGAUGGUGUUUGCCUUGUUGUUGGUUCUUGUUGUCGUGGUUUCAAGGAAAAUUCUAGAAGCGAUGUCAUUUAUAGUAGUGCAGAAGCAAAGCCAGUUGGAAACUCUCAAGCACAAUACUUUUGGGAGGCAUUCCCUGCUGGUUCUGGACCGUUGGAUCGAACUACUUACAUGUUCACUUACAUUGAUCCACAACCUACUAGCCCUAGACUUGAAGAUUUACUAGAAGAUUAUUGGGAUUUAAUGCCCAAGUAUCAGGAAGUCUCGUUGGAUGAUCUAGAGAUUCUGAGGGUUAUAUAUGGAAUUUUCCCAACUUAUCGCGACAGUCCAUUGCCAGCAGCUUUCAAUCGCGUUCUACAGUUUGGUGAUGCAAGUGGAAUACAGUCUCCAGUUUCUUUUGGUGGUUUCGGGAGUUUGACUAGACACCUUGGAAGAAUAUCAAAUGGAAUACAUGAAGCUAUCAGUUCCAAUCUCCUGGAUUCUGACAAUCUAUCGUUAUUAAACCCAUACAUGCCAAACUUAAGUGCAUCUUGGUUAUUCCAAAGAGCCAUGUCAGCAAGAAAACAAGCUGGGGUCCCACCAGAUUUCAUCAACGACCUUCUCCAUGCCAAUUUCAUCAGCAUGCAGAGACUAGGGGAACCAGUGUUAAGACCAUUUCUUCAAGAUGUUAUACAAUUUGGUCCUCUCGUGAAGACACUAGGCUUAGUUAUGCUAACUAAACCUCAAAUCCUUCCUUCCAUAUUUAAACAGGUUGGGCUACCUGUACUCAUAGACUGGCUAGGACAUUUUUCACUUUUGGGUUCUUAUACAUUUCUUUCCAUAUACAUUGACCCAUUAUUAAGGCCUGUGAUUGAUACGUUUUCAACUGAGAUGAAGUACAAAUGGAAUAGGAAACUUGAGGCAUGGAAAUAUGGAGCUGGUUUAGACUACAAAUUUGAAAGUGAAGAAGCAUCCAAGAGUACAUAGAACCAAAGGCAAUAGCAUCAAAUUUGUGGUAUAUUUCAAGUGUAAAAUAUGAGUUAAUAUAUUAAUAAAUGCUUUUCUAGCAUAGUGUAAACAUAUGAUACAAGUAUACAACAAGAUUUGACUAAAUUAUUUAUUCAUUUAUCUUAUUUACAAAAAUGAUCAUAGGCAUGUAUAACAAAGUAGAAGAAAUCCACUGACUUUUGACUUAUUAGAUAGAUCUUUUGGCACCCAACAUUCUUGAAAGCUCUUUAAUCAGAGGCUUCUCUUUAAUGUCUUCCUUUUUCUCCAUAUGCCAUUCUUUAGUUACUCCUUCUGCCCAAGUUCUUAAAGGGCCCAUUUGUUCCUUGAUUGAUUCGAAUUUUGGUUGAAUGAUAUCUUUUCCUUUGGUUCGAAUAUCAUCAGUCUGUAUGUAGCUCAAGCUGUGAAACUACAAGUCCAAUAGUCAAUGUGGCUCCACCAAAGAUAAUAACAGUGGCAGCAGCAAAUGCUUUUGCAACUAGGGUUCAAUCCAACAGCUGCAGCCUUCAACUUCUCAGGAUUAAUUGGGGUGUACUUGUCAUUACGCAGUUCAUUUGCGGUUGAAGGAGAAAUUGAAUGCUCUGUGUUAGGAAACUGCCAUCUGCAAGGUCCAAAAGUGACUUGGGGAAGGGAUACGUAAGCCCUAAGAGGGUUUAUAGCAUCACGCGAUACAGAAGAGACGCCGUUGCUUUCAUCGGAGUUGAGAAGCCACUUGGAUCCAGUUGACAGAGUCGAAUCGGAAGGUGGUCGGAAAAUCCUUGACGGUAAAUUAUGCUUCAAAAUCUCCGGAAGGAUAUCGCUUUGGUUGUCUGGGACUUCAUGAAUUGUGGGCGCCGGAGGAUGAUUAGUGGCGGAAGUGGUGGACUUAUUGGUUUUUUCAACGAGUCGACCGACGGCGUGCUUGGAUUCUUGUAAGAAGUAAGCGCCUUCUUUGCCUGCCGCCAAUCUUCCGACGAUAAAACUCAUCACAAAACCUCUGAACUGAGAUGGAAUUUGGUUGAUUUGUGUUUUGGAAAUGGCAGAUGAAUUUGUAUGAGGUGAUUUAUAUAGGGUGAAAAGAUAUGGUGGUGUUUGGUUAUGGGAGAAAGUCUGCUACCCCAUUUUUGUUUUUCUUAAAAUAAAAUUGUAAUCUAAAAAUGCAUUUUGACAAC